AUGGACGGCCCUUCCCAGGUGUUUCUGGGGGACUCCCAACCGGGGGUCUCGCCAUCGCACCUCGUAUCGGUCUUUGAUCGUCAACGGCAUUCUUUCUGCAGUGAUUCGGAAGGAUGGGGCCCGAUGAGCUCCACGGGCUUCCACCUCACCCCAUGCUUUCUGGACGUCAUCGUGGCCACUGUCGCUGCCUGGGGUUUACUAGGUGGUGCUGGUGCACUAUGGUUGUUACUGAAGAAGCGAGUCCCGGCACCGGUCUCCAAGAAUUGGCAUUUCUAUGCCAAGUUGAUCGUGCUCGCCCAUCUUUUAUUCGUCACUGCCCUUCAGGCAGCCAUCCAAGCCGAAACAAACCCAAAGAACUUCUGGGUCGACUUCCCUUUCUGGUCCUCGGUCCUGACCUUUGCUUCGCUUGGUGUGAUCUAUGCAGUACAGUACUUUGAACAUUGGCGGAGUCGUCAGCCCAAUGGAGUGGUCUUGUUUUACUGGCUCUUUUUCAUUAUCUCUUAUGGCAUCAAGCUGCAAUCUCUUGUCUCACGGAAAGAGUACCAUACCAACCUAGCAUACUUCAUUUGCAUCAAUGUCAGCUUGGGAUUGGCGCUACUGGAAUUCGUGCUCGAGUACUUUGUUCCGAAGAAGCAGAGCGCAUAUGAUGCAUUGGGAAAUGAGGAUGAAUGCCCUUACAACUAUGCCGAUAUCUUCUCAGUUCUGACUUUUGGUUGGAUGACUCCCUUGAUGAAGUUUGGGUACAGCAACUUCCUCACUCAGGAUGAUCUGUGGAACCUUCGUCGCAGGGAUACCACCCGUGCCACCCUGGAUGAUCUAAAUGACGCAUGGGAGGUAGAGCUUGAAAAGAAAAAGCCAUCUCUUUGGAUCGCACUCUUCAAGGCGUUUGGCGGUCCGUAUAUCCGUGGUGCUAUAAUAAAAUCGGGCAGUGAUAUACUCGCAUUUGUGCAGCCGCAGCUGCUGCGGUAUUUGAUUACUUUCAUUGACUCGUACCGCGGUCCUGAUCCUCAGCCGGUCAUUCGCGGUGUUGCCAUCGCAUUGGCCAUGUUCGUGGUCUCGGUUUGCCAGACAAGUUGUCUCCACCAGUACUUCCAGCGAGCUUUCGAUAGUGGCAUGCGAGUGAAGUCAUCCUUGACUGCCCUUAUCUAUGCCAAAUCUUUGCGACUGUCGAGCGAGGGCCGUUCGGCCAAGACCACCGGUGAUAUUGUCAACCACAUGGCUGUUGAUCAACAACGCCUUUCGGAUUUGACUCAAUUCGGUACUCAGCUAUUGUCCGCCCCCUUCCAAAUUACCUUGUGUAUGCUUUCUCUUUACCAGCUGGUCGGACCGAGCAUGUUCGCUGGUGUCGGUGUCAUGAUUCUCAUGAUUCCGCUCAACGGAUUCAUCGCUCGGUUGAUGAAGAAGUUGCAGAUCACGCAGAUGAAAAACAAGGAUUCGAGAACUCGCCUGAUGACAGAGAUUCUGAACAACAUUAAGAGCAUUAAGCUGUACGCCUGGAAUACGGCCUUCAUGAAUAAGCUCAGCCACAUCCGAAAUGAUUUGGAACUCAACACCCUUCGCAAGAUCGGUGCCACGCAGUCUGUGGCGAAUUUCACCUGGCAGUCAACUCCUUUCCUCGUGUCUUGCUCGACAUUUACUGUCUUUGUGUUGACCAGUGAUAAGCCCCUGACCACGGACAUUGUCUUCCCUGCCUUGACCCUGUUUAACCUGCUGACCUUCCCGCUCUCGAUUCUUCCAAUGGUCAUCACUUCGAUCAUUGAAUCCACUGUCGCGGUGAACAGAUUGACAGAGUAUUUCCUUGCCGAUGAACUGCAAACCGAUGCUAUCACCGUCCAAGACUCCGUGGAACAUGCAGGCGAUGAAUCGGUUCGCCUUCGCGACGCUUCCUUCACCUGGAACCGCUACUCCGGUGAUAAUGUAUUGGAAAAUAUUGACCUGAGUGCGCGCAAAGGCGAGCUUAGCUGUAUUGUUGGCCGUGUAGGUGCUGGAAAAUCUUCUCUGCUUCAAUCAAUUCUGGGCGAACUGUGGAAGAGCAAUGGCGAAGUGAUUGUGCGAGGUCGUAUUGCCUACGUUGCACAGGCACCUUGGGUGAUGAAUGCAAGCGUUCGGGAAAACAUUGUUUUCGGCCACCGAUGGGAUCCUGCGUUCUACGACCUCACUGUGGAGGCCUGUGCUCUGCUGGAUGACUUUAAGAUCAUGCCCGAUGGAGACCUGACUGAAGUUGGAGAACGUGGAAUUUCUCUAUCCGGAGGACAAAAGGCCCGGUUGACACUUGCCCGCGCAGUCUAUGCCCGUGCCGAUAUUUAUCUUCUUGAUGAUGUUCUCUCCGCAGUUGACCAACAUGUUGGCCGUCAUAUUAUCAACAAGGUCCUUGGUCCUUCCGGAGUUCUGAGCAGCAAAACCAGAAUUCUUGCCACCAAUGCUAUUACUGUGCUCAAGGAAGCGGACUACAUUGGCCUGCUUCGUGAUAAGACUAUCAUUGAAUCCGGUACAUACCAGCAACUCAUGGCCAUGAAGGGUGAAAUUGCCAGUCUUGUGAGCAACAAUCUGGUAGAAUCCGAAGAAUCUUCUCCCAUUGAUUCCGACGACGGACUUGCAAGUCACGAAGGCUCCGAGGAGACAGCUGUCAUCGAGAAUGAGGAAGAUUCGGACAGCGAAGGAAUGGAGCAACCUGGUUCUCUUGUCCCCAUCAAACGGUCGAGCGGCCCCGGGCGCAAGUCCAGCUUUGCCACUCUGCGCCGCGCUAGCACUGCCACUUGGCAUGGCCCCAGACGCAAGCUUGGUGACGAGGAGAAUAUUCUCAAGAGCAAGCAAACCCAGGAAACCUCCCAGCAAGGAAAGGUCAAAUGGGGCGUUUAUGGUGAGUACGCCAAGAACAGCAAUCUCGUUGCGGUCACAGUCUACUUGGUCGCUAUGCUGGCUGCUCAAACAUCUCAGGUGCUGGGCAACUACUGGCUGAAGUACUGGACUGAAGCCAAUGAAAAUAAAGGUCACAACGAGAGCACGGGCAUGUUUAUCGGAGUUUACCUGGCCUUUGGGCUGGGCGCUUCUCUCCUGGUCAUUGUACAGAACUUGAUUCUGUGGAUCUUCUGCUCCAUUGAAGCUUCUCGCAAGCUGCACGAGCGGAUGGCGUUUGCUAUCUUCCGUUCGCCCAUGAACUUCUUCGAGACCACUCCGUCUGGUCGCAUCCUGAACAGAUUCUCCAGUGAUAUCUAUCGUGUUGAUGAGGUACUUGCCCGUACCUUCAACAUGCUUUUCGCCAACACUGCCCGCGCAAUGUUCACGAUGGUCGUCAUCGCAAGCUCGACGCCUGCCUUCCUGCUGCUGGUCAUUCCCCUGGCCUACGUCUACCUUAGCUACCAGAAGUACUAUCUGAGAACUUCUCGUGAGUUAAAGCGUCUGGACAGUGUGACUCGUAGCCCAAUUUACGCCCAUUUUCAGGAGUCCCUGGGCGGCAUCUCAACAAUCCGUGCCUAUCGACAGGAAAACCGGUUUGCCCUUGAGAACGAAUGGCGAAUGGACGCCAAUCUGCGGGCUUACUUCCCGUCCAUCAGUGCCAACCGCUGGCUUGCUGUUCGUCUCGAGUUCAUUGGCUCAAUCAUUAUCCUGGCUUCUGCGGGACUUGCCAUUCUCUCAGUUUCCACCGGAACUAAAAUCUCCGCAGGUAUGGUUGGUUUGGCCAUGUCUUACGCUCUUCAGAUCACCCAAUCCUUGAACUGGAUUGUCCGCCAGACCGUUGAAGUUGAGACCAACAUUGUCUCUGUCGAGCGUGUUCUCGAGUAUGCCAAUCUGCCCAGCGAGGCACCUGAGGUCAUAUUCAAGCGCCGACCUGCCAUUGGAUGGCCUGCCCAAGGUGCUGUCUCUUUCAAGGACUACAGCACCCGCUACCGCGAGGGGUUGGACCUGGUCCUCAAAAACAUCAAUCUCGACAUCAAGCCACACGAGAAGAUUGGCGUUGUUGGCCGCACUGGUGCUGGAAAGAGCUCCCUCACAUUGGCGCUUUUCCGACUUAUUGAGCCAACCAAUGGUGAUAUCAGUAUCGAUGGUCUCGAUGUGUCUACGAUUGGCUUGUUUGACCUCCGUGGUCGUCUGGCUAUCAUUCCUCAGGAUCCUGCCAUGUUUGAAGGAACCCUGCGUGACAACUUGGAUCCCCGCCAUGUUCACGAUGACACUGCACUCUGGAGUGCACUAGAACACGCCCGAUUGAAAGUUCAUGUUGCCCAGAUGGAAGGCCAGCUUGAUGCUGUGAUCCAAGAAGGAGGAUCCAACCUCAGUCAAGGCCAGCGCCAGCUGGUCUCGCUCGCUCGGGCUCUGUUGACACCUAGCAACAUUCUUGUCCUCGACGAGGCUACCGCCGCGGUUGAUGUAGAGACGGACGCGCUGCUCCAGCGCACCCUGCGCAGCAGCAUCUUCUCAGACCGUACUAUCAUCACAAUUGCGCACCGGAUCAACACCAUCAUUGAUUCCGAUCGAAUCGUCGUCCUGGACAAGGGUGAAGUGGCGGAAUUUGAUACCCCAGCGGAACUGAUCAAGCAAGGCGGCAAAUUCUACGAGCUCGCCAAGGAGGCUGGCCUUUUGGAUGGCGACGGUCUCGCCAAGUCGCAAGUAGUGUAA